UAAACUACUACUACCCAAGUAACUUGUUGUGUAUUACACUUACUAUUUCGUGUGUGUGUUGAUCGUGCGUGCGUUGUAAACAAUGGCAGACACAGCAGUCGCAACCGAAGCUCCGGCUCCAGCUACACCGGCGAAGAAGCAGGCGAGGCAGGCUGGCGGUGCGAAGAAGCCGAAGGCGAAGCCCACCCAUCCUAAAACAUCCGAGAUGGUAAACAGCGCUAUCAAGGAGAUGAAGGAGCGCAGCGGAUCUUCGCUGCAGGCGAUCAAGAAGUACAUCGCCGCUCAGUACAAGGUAGACGCUGAGAAACUAGCUCCGUUCAUAAGGAAAUACCUGAAGAGCGCCGUCGAGUCUGGCGCUUUGAUCCAGACCAAGGGCAAGGGAGCGUCCGGUUCUUUCAAGCUCGAAUCGAAAUCUGCCGCCGCCAAGAAACCAGCGGGCGCUGCGCCCAAGAAGGCCGCCGCCUCCGCAGCCACGAAGACCAAGAAGGCUACCGCUUCAGCCGCCGGAGCCAAGAGCAAGAAGGCCGCGGCCGCUGCUGCAUCUGCGUCCGCCGCAUCGGCUUCGCCCUCCAAGGCGAAGUCGUCCGCCGGCGCUGCCGCUAAGGACAAGAAGGCCGCCGCCGCUAAGAAGAAACCGGCGCCCAAGAAGGCCGCCGCUCCGGCCAAGGCCAAGGGAGGCGCCGCACCUAAGGCUAAGAAGACCGCGAAGCCGCCUACAAAGAAACCUAAGGCACCGCCGAAGAAGCCGCCGCCACCCCAAUCGAAGCCGGCAGCCAAGAAAGCGUCCGCAGCCAAGAAGUAAACAUCUGACGCGCGGCGUUCCGGUUUACCGGCGACGCGAAACGCGGCGACGGAAGCGGCAGCCGGCGCGGGCGUUGCGCCGGCUCGGUUCGGGCUCGGCUCGGCCCGGCUCAGCACGUCCAUC